AUGCCCCAACACUAUCAUACGUUAAGUCAUCAGCAACAACAACAGCUGAUGCAGAUGCAACAACAGCAUCUUUACCAACAGCUGUCGCCGCAGCAGCAAGCACAAAUACAGCAACAACAUCAACAGCAUCAACAUCAGCACAUGCCGCCACAUGUGCGCCAUCAACAUCCCGGAGCUGGUCAACAUCCGGGUCACACAAUGACCAUCAAUCGAAAGGUGAUCGAGCAGAAUAUCUACAGCGAAGAUAAUCCUCCUCCACUGCCGCCAUUACGCAACCCACAGAAAGCGUACGAAUCUGUUCAAGCAAUACCAAGUCUCAACGACAGUUCGGUUAGUGAACGAGACAAGCAAAUCUACAUUUGUUCCACACUCAAGCAUCCUAACAGCCAGAACCCAAACAGCAAACACGUUACCAAUAGUAAUAUCCCAAAUAACAAUACUCCUAAUAGCAACGCUACAAAUGGUCAUAGCAACCCAGUUUCAUCUAGUAACUCUAGUAACGGAAAUAGCACAUAUGGUACCACUACAAUCAAGAAUCAAACCACGUUCAACUCAACGCCGGCUACGAUGACGAAGCCGUUGCCCUCGAUCAUCAACACUCCGCUGCCGGAAAUUCCCCAUUCGCAGCAACAGGCGCAACAGCAACAACAACAACAACAGCAAGCGGCUGCACCGAAAGACGACAUCUACGUCAAGCGCAAGUUUAUCGAUCAAAACAGCAAGUUUGCCACCCUGAAGCAACAACAACAACAACCACAAAUAAAUGGAAACUCUGUGGUGAACACCUCGCUACCGCCACCACCGCCGGUGGUGACGGCAACUAGCACAAUGACCACCUCACAGAUACAGUCGCUUCCGCUGCCACCUCCGCCACCGGAACUGAUCGAGGAGGAACCGCUUCCCCCUCCACCGCCGCCGGUUCUAACGGACGAGACGGCGACGCAAAUGAUGAUGAUGAACGGCGGAGGGGCACCGCCCCCACCUAAAGAGGCCAUCUACGCCACCAAGGCGGUCAAAGGGCAGCAGCAGCAGCCGCAGAACCACGUCGUCGCAAGCAACAAUGGUGCCAACACACCUAAUGGCGGAGGGGGAGAUGUGAGCAGCUUCUACGCUGUUACCGAACUGUAG